AAUAAGAAGAACGAGGUUUGCGGUGUUCAAUCUAACAACGGUUUGAUCGAUUUGGAUAACAUUACCGCGACACAUAACAAGCAACUAAUAUCUCUCUGUGACAACAACGAUGACGAGGACGAUCUCGUUUUAACUAACAACACGCGCAACGAAUUGGCUACGGAAGACAAGAGCCUUCAGGAAUUGAUAGAAAAUGAAUUGGCCUUGAGAAUAUGUUCAAACAACGGGGAUAAAAAGAAGGAUAAGAAGAACGAUGAUGAUGACGAGAAUGACGUUGUAGAUGAUGAUAAUAACGAUGAUAAUAUCGAUAAUAUCGAGGAUGAAAAGAAUCGAUUGGUAAAAAUGAAUGAAAUCGAAGAAGAUGAAGAACAACAACAACAACAACAACAAUCCGGUCAAUCGGAUACGGUAAAAAGGAUUCUAUUUGAUCGACAGGACGAUCAGUUUCGGGUUAAUACAGAUUUCAUUGUUGCCGAAUUAGAACAUUGUGCGUUGAUCGAGGAACCAUACGGUUAUCAAAAUGGCCACGUAUCGCCUAUAAUAACCAAUAAUGUAAAAUCCGAAGAACAUAAUAACGAGAUUAAAAAGGAACUCGUAGAUUUUGAUAAGGAUAAGAUCGAUGAUGUAAAGGAAACAUUUAUGAUCGAUCAGAUCGAUCGUGAAAUAAACGAGAAGGAAGAGAAUGAUAAGGAUAAAAUGGAAGAGAUGAAUGUCGAAAAAGUUGAGAAGGAUUUAUUCCUAAGAUCUAAUAAAAUAUACGACGAAAAUGUAAUACCUAAUCUCGAUGACGUUAAAUUUGAAAUUGACGAUAACAACGUUGAUAUUGAAUCUAAUCGCUCAACAGAGAUUAAUAUUUCUAACUAUAUGGAUAAUUCUUCUCCUUUAUCUUGUCGCAACAAGUAUCAACAGGAGGAGGAGGAGGAGGAGGAGGAAGAGGAGGAGGGAUUGAUCGAUAAUAAAUCAUUCUCAAACAAUACAUUUGAUCGCAUUGAAACUGAGAUCAUUGAUGAUGAAUUAUCUGAAAAGAAAAUUAUCGAUCGUACGGAUGAUACGUGGAUGAACAAACGAGAGGAGAGUGAACAAUCGGAAGGACAAUUUUCCGACAAUUUUGAGGAUCCUGAAAAAUGUUCUAUGACGUCGAUUAACAAUGAUAAAUUAAAUACUAUCGAUACGAAUGAAUCUAUAAUAGAUAAUAAUAAGAUGGAAUAUUUUCGUAACGACGAUAAUAAUAUCGUCGUUGGAAAUCAAUCGAUUAACGAAUCUACAACUAUGAUCGCAGAGAUUACGAACAACAAUAGUAAGGUCAUCGAAAGUCCACAGGAUGUUUCGUCGAAUAAAUCAAGAAGUUUCGACGACGUUACUUUGAGCCAAUCGGAAACGUCGACCGACGCAGCUAGUACCCAAGAAUUCAUAGACAUGGAACGUCGUGUAUUGAGCGAGGAAAACGAAUCGAUUGUUAUUGAACGUAAUAACGACGAUGAUAACAAACGUUUUUCGGAGGAUGAUAUAGAUCUUAGGAACGACGUUCAAUCGUUAAAAACUUAUAACAAAGAUACAACAAAGGAAUAUGAUUUUGAGGAGACUAAUGAUUUGAGAAACUUCGAAAGAUUUGAAAUUAAUGAUACACGUCAACAACAAUUGACGGAUUCAACGAUUUUGUUAGAAAAAACGGAGAUUGUCGUAAGCGCCAAAAAUGUAGCUAUCCAUUCCGAGACCAACAAACGUGUCGAAUCAUUUAUGAUCGAUAAAACCGAUCGAUCUUCUACCAACGAUCAAAUUAAUAAAUUCGACUCGUGGAUGACCGUUGAGGAAGCAACGAGAAUCGAGGAGGAUGUUGAAAUCGAAAAGGAGAGACACCAUGAGGAAAUAUUGACGAUAGAAAGGGAGGACACUAACGAAACGAUCAUAACCGAUAGCGAUAGGUCGACUCAAGACGAUCACCUUGCUGCUUCCUCUCCCCGUGCACCCUUAGCCACUCCGGAUGACGAGACGAGCGAUAUUAUUAACGUGUGCGAUAGCGAAAGUCGCGAGGAGAAGAUAACAACGACGAGCAGUACAACGUCGACAAUUACAACGGUGAUGAGCAGCUCGUCUAAGGGCGCUGCCGGUGUUACUAAUAAAACAAAAAAGAAGAAAAUCGAGGGGGUAGCUGGUAACGAUGCAUCCCCUAAUCUCACUCCACGUACUAAGAAAACUAAGAAGAGUAAGAAGAGUGAUUUAGAAAAGGAGAACAUAUCCGUGAACUCUGAUUUGCAAGACGCAAGCAUGCAUACUGGCUCGAGAAUGAUCAACCAAGAGAUGAUCGAUUUCUCCGACGAGGACGAUCUAUCGAAUGUCAACGUUAAAUCAUUGACACAGAAUUACGUGUCCGAGGCGAAACGUAACGAGCAGGAAAGAUCUAACAAGGAACGAAUCGCGACCGGUGUCUCUAUUAAACAGUUGUGUCGUAGCUUCGGCGACAUCUCGAACAUGAGCGAGGCUGAUCAGACUACUUUUGGAAGAACAAAUUCCAUGGAAAUCGAGGAGAAAGCAAAGUCGAUGGGUGAUCUGAGAGUAUGCGAGCAGGGUUUCUCCAAGUUCUGCAAAGACGCACCUGUCUUCGCCGGGGUGUCGGUCAAGGCCCUCAGGGCUUCCUACUGUAGUUUGGCAAACCUAACAAGCGAGGGUAAAGAGAAGGAUCAAAUUCUUGGGAGGCCGAGGUUUGAGAAAUCGAGUUUCAACAAGUUCGACGCACUGAGCAAAAAGACGGUUCUCCAUGUGCGCUCGGUCGAUGCAGGAAAAGUUCAACAACAAUUAAAUGCCGUGGGCCAAAAUGGCGAGGCAAACCAAAAUUGCCGGAGUUGCGGCAAGGUCGUGUUCCAAAUGGAACAGACAAAGGCCGAGGGUUUGGUCUGGCAUAAGAAUUGCUUCCGGUGCGUACAGUGCAGCAAGCAGCUUAACGUCGACAAUUAUGAGAGCCACGAGAGUACGCUUUACUGUAAGCCUCACUUCAAGGAACUCUUCCAACCAAAACCGGUCGAAGAGUCCGACCAAUCCGUGCGACCUCGAAAGCCGGAGCUGAUCAUACGGGAGAACGAGCCGAAAGAGUUGCCGCCCGAUGUGGUCAGAGCGUCCGACAAGCCAGACCUUGGAUUGGAAGAGUUGUCCAGUUUGAAUGUAAAGUCACGUUUCCAAGUCUUCGAAAAAGCUGGUACGGAAAAUACGACGAACGAGAUCGAAAGGUCGCCCUCUCAGAUAGCCGUGAAGAGAUCACCGAGUAUUCUCAGCAAACUUGCCAAGUUCCAAGCAAAAGGCAUGGACAUCGGGGUCGCGGACGAAUCUCUUAAUGGAAUACCGUACGAAGAAUCCAGCGAGAGCGAAGAGGAAGAACCGACUGAAGACAUUGAAGAAGUGGAAACCGAAAUCGUGAAAGCGAAACGUACGACUCGCGAACGUCCGAUAAGUUUCUCCAAAAUGGAUGAUAUAAAGAAUCGAUGGGAGAGCACCAGUCAGCAAGGAAGACGUGAAGUUCAACGUGAAGCAAGGAAAGAGGAGAUUGCUGGAAUACGUUCGAGACUUUUUAUGGGCAAACAAGGUAAAAUGAAGGAAAUGUACCAGCAAGCGGUUGCCGGAAGCGAACGUGUAACGAAGAUAAACGCCGCGGAAGAAAUCCAACAUUCGACCCACGCUCGUUCUAUCAAAGAGAGAUUCGAAAGAGGCGAACCUAUCGCUGCGUCGGACGAUGAAACCGACAGCAAACCAAAACCGGAGAAGGCCGACGAAGAGGUCAUCGCUGCUGGUAUAAGCCGAAAAUCCCGGUCGCUUUUCUUAGAACUUGACGCUUCAGCAGCAAAAACGGGACGUCCUGUCACUCCGGUUAAUCCAAAAACACCAGCUGACGCGCCAAGGCGUGCUCGUGACGCGUUCAUGGUUCGUCAAGUAUCGGACGACGUCGUACGCAGUUCGGACACAACCGAGGAGGUUCACGUCGAGACGUCGGAUAUUUCUAACAAGUUCAAAUUUUUCGAGUCUUACAAGGAACCAGAGAAACAACGGAAACAAUUUCGAAUUACACCGCCACGUGAUGGCCAAGUCAAGCAGAUGGAUUCGCCGGAGCGUGAAAUAUAUCGUGAUCCUGACGUUGUGAGGGCUGACGAUAGGGUGGACGAAGUCGUACACACGGACACAGCAAGAAAAAUGCUUUCUAUUUUCCGGCAAAUGGAGGAGAAUGCGUGCAAGGAGGAAUUGCCAGAGGGCCCGAAACCUUUGAAACGUUUCACGCCACCACCGGAGGACAAGUUUGCGAAACAAACAGCCUCCGAUUCCGAAGAGGAUGAAGAGGAGGAAGGUGAGGAGUCUGAAGCCGACGAGAGUGCCGAGGAAAGAGAUCCAAAUUACGUCAGAGCCUCCGAUAAGGUGGAGGACGAAUUCUUAAAGCAGGCACAGAAUGCUGCGCGUGCCAAGACAUUGCGCGCGAAAUUCGAACACUGGGAAGAGACCGAUGGUAAACCGAGUAAUCACAACAUUGCCGAGAUGGAAAUAGCUCAGAGUACAGGCGAUCAGUCGAGCAUAGAAUCAGCGAGCAGUCUUAGAGCUCGUUUCGAAUCACUCGGAUCACAGACCAAUGAGUCUCCUCGUGCGCCAAAAAUUAAAGUCAAUCGAUUUGUGGAGAUUCAAGCAAGCUGCACAGAUGUCUGUGAGAGUUGCGAAAAGAAGGUAUAUCCACUUGAGAAGGUCGAAACAAAUAACAAAAUUUUUCACAAACAGUGCUUCCGAUGUCUUCAAUGCAAUUGCGUUUUAAGGAUGGACACGUUUACGUUGAACAACGGUAAAUUAUAUUGCAUCCCACACUUCAAACAACUUUUUAUAACUCGAGGCAAUUACGACGAAGGAUUUGGCGUAGAUCCACAUAAGAACAAAUGGGCGACGAGCAACGCGAAUCAAGCUAACGUAUCGCCAAUCGCAGUUUCAAACGGUGACCUCUGAUUGCCCCCGUCGUUAAUCAGCACAUUAAUUUUGUCUGAUCAAAUUUCCACAUUCUGCGAUCAAUCGAGGGAUCGCGUUUUAUAAUAACAAUACAUAUUCCGAUUAUUCUGUAAAUCCCCUUUUCAUUUUUAUUCGUGAUUAGAGACGAAAAGAAAGAUCAAAGACGAGGACGAAACAAAAAAGAAAAAAAAAACAAAAACAAAAAAAAAAC